AUGUCGAAAAUCUUCUCGUGUUUUCUGGUAGUGCUUCUUUGUUCUUCUUUUCACACAUUUCGUGCUCGGAAUUUCCAGAGACUCCACAAGGACGCGGAGCAAAUGUCUCGACUCUCAACGAGCAAGAACAAUGACCGAACGACGAAUAUUACAACUAGGGUUUCCACACAAUCUGAAGAAAAAUCCUCGAUAGCAAACGCCACUCGGGAUGCAAAAGAGAAAAUUAAAACGACGAUUGAUAGGACUAAAUCUUCAUCAUCAGUCGAUCAUGGAAAGCAUAUAGAGGCAAAAGGGGAAGCUAUGAAAAUUUCGGGUACCUCAAGAAAGAAGCCCCGAGCUCAAGUUACUUGGAGGGUGCCUCACGAGAAGAGAGGUGAAAAAGAGCCCGGGUUUAACUUGGACUAUUUGCCCCCAAAAACACAUCCCGGGAUCCAUAAUUGA